ACUGAUUAUGGAACAACCUACACCAAACUCAACCUGAUACCGGGGACAACCGUUGUGGUGACAAGUUUCUACAUCUGUCCUACCAACAAGAAAAAGGUUGUCAUGGUUGGCUCGUCCAUAAAUGAACGAGAUCAGAUGCUAUUCAUCAGCACAGACGAAGGCUCUUCCUUCCAACGACAGGCAGUCGCCUUCACACCAGAGACGAUCAUCUUCCACCCAAAGGAAGAAGACAAACUGCUGGCAUACUGCAAGGACGGGAGGCUCUUUGCUUCCACCGAUCUGGGCCACAAAUGGACCUUGCUUCAAGAGAGGGUGACCAAGGACAAAAUCUUCUGGUCAGUAAAACAUUAUACUCGCUAUAAAAUGCGUUCUCUGUAG